UCCUUCAUUUGGAAACAACACAAGACAAGUUAGGAAAGCAUGUCUCUCUCACACUUGGCCACCACCACCAUACCCUCGGCUACCGCCGGCAAUAAUCCUCUUCAUAGGAUAAAGUCGGUACAACCUCGAGUUCACGUUAGCAAGAGAGUGUCUUACACCACUUGUGAGAAGAAACAAAAAAAAGAUGGCUCGGAUGUAAACCAUGUUGUCGAUCGAAGAAAUGUUCUUUUAGGAUUAGGAGGUAUGUGUAGUGCAACUGCAACUAUGGGGAGCCAAGGCAUGUCUGCACUUGGCGCACCAUUAGCUGUACCUGACCUAUCAAAAUGUCAUCUAGCAUCAGAUGGUGAAACAAAGAUCAAUUGCUGUCCACCAUACUCCACUGCAAAUAUCAUCGGCUUUCAGCCGCCGUCAAGUCACGAGCCAAUGAGAGUAAGAAAACCUGCUCACUUGCUAACACCAUUCGAAGUCGAAAGAUUUGAAGCAGCCAUUACUGCUAUGAAAAAUCUAAAACCAGAUGAUCCAUGGAGUUACAUGCAACAAGCAACCAUUCACUGUACUUUUUGUAACGGUGCCUUUGAUCAAGCCGGAACUAAGACUUUACUUCAAAUUCAUGGAAGUUGGUUUUUCCUUCCAUGGCACCGAUACUAUCUCUACUUCUGGGAAAGAAUUCUCGGAAAGCUAAUCAAUGAUGAUACUUUCGCAAUUCCUUACUGGAACUGGGAUACUCCUCAAGGUAUGAAGAUGCCCAAGAUAUACACGAACGAAAAAUCUACCCUUCACGACGGUACAAGAGAUAAGAAUCAUCUUUCUGCGGUGUUGGAUUACAAGUAUGCUUAUAAUGAUCCAAACCCAGUUGGACCUGAAGUCGACGAAGUGAUAAUGGCUAAUAUGUGCCAAAUCGACAGAAUGUUCAAGGAAUCAAAACAUCAUCCAGCUUUGUUCAUGGGGAAACCACUUAGGGCAGGUCAACCUGUUCCGACAAAUGCAUCAGGAAGUUGUGAAAAUUUACAUAAUAUGAUGCACCAAUGGGUUGGACCUCCUGUGUCUCCUUACUAUAAUAUGGGUAACUUCUACACAGCUGCUAGAGAUACCAUUUUCUUUGGUCACCAUGGUAAUGUCGAUCGUAUGUGGGAUCUUUACAAUAAGUUCCGUGGUGGGAAACCAGAAUUUAAGGACCAUGACUGGCUUGAAUCCGAAUUCGUAUUCUACGAUGAGAACCGCCAGGUUGUCAAGGUUAAGGUGAAGGAUUGUCUUACUCCCGAACAACUCCGGUUCAGUUACCAAACCCAAAAGCUUCCCUGGACAGACAUUGGCCGUAAAUGCAAGAAAGUUAAGGCAGCAAAGAAAAGAAGUGCUGGUGGAGAUGAAUUGAAACUCAGCCCGGUUUCUGAAUUCGGAUCACAAACUAGAAAUGUGAAUACAGAGAUAAUUCGAGCAAUCGUAAAGAGGCCAAAGAUAUCCCGUACCAAGAACCAAAAAGAAGACGCUUCUGAGGUUCUAUUUAUCAGGGGUGUUGACGUUCCAGGCGGAGCUGCGGCUAGAUUCGAUGUUUACGUGACAAAACCUAUUCAAGGAUUUAUGGCUCCUGAUCUCGGCGAAUUGGCUGGUAGUUUUGUGAAAAUACCUCAUGGUCAUCAUUUUUCACAUCAUUCCGAGCAUAAGGCAAGUUUGGAACUAGGCAUAACUAGGUUACUCGAAGAUAUUGAAGCUGAGGAUUCUGAAACGUUGGUGGUUACUAUUGUACCUCGUCAUGGCAAGGCUACAAUUGAAGGUAUUGAUAUUGAAUUGUUCGACCAUGAUGAUGAUGAUUAGUUGUUAGAUUACCACUACAUUUUGAGGUCCGUUAAUUCAGUGAUUCUUUGGUUGUUUUUUUUCUUUCAAUAAGUUAGGAACCGAUUUGGUUGAUGGUUCUUUGUCAUUGUAAUUGAUUCCUUAAUGUAUUUAUUGACAUACAAAUCCAAAGUAAUGUGUGGUACCAAUAUUAA